GGUGAAUGAAACGAAUCGUAUUGUAUGUUAUCGUGAACAUAAUGCCUCAACAAAUUACACUCAUCACCAAAGUUUGUAGCUGAUUGCAAAGUAGAUUGUAUCUUGUGUAUCUAAAUACUGUGGGUAUUUUGCAAUUAGCACCACGAAAAAAUAAUUAAGAAACUUAAAAAUGUGUCGGGGCAACAGUGUGUUUGAAUAUGAGUAAAGGUAAGGGUAAGGGUAAGGCUGUUGCUCAAGGAAAGAUGGCAAUCUGACGUCGGUUCGUUUUUUGAUAUAGCUCCAGUGCCUGACUUGAGGCCUUAAAUCGGUAACUUUUAACCAAACUAACAAGAUCACUACUGUAAUAUGCAUAUGUGAUCAUUCAUUCCAUGGAUUUAUAUACAUACACAUAAUAAACAGUUUUGCAAUCCUGCAUCGCCUUGGUUCCAGCUGCUCUGAACAAAGAGGUGAUACCAAAACAGAAUAAUAUGACUCAAGAAAAUGAAAAAAUGAAUCCUUGUGAUAUAGAUGAAGUAGAAGUCAGUUCGGAUACAUCUGAAAAGGAGGCCAAAGAAUCCAAAACACACGGAUCAUUAGAGAAUUUUGUGCCACAGAUAUACCGUGCUAAAUUCUUCGGAAAUACUUCCGUCUCUGAGCCUCGUGGUGAUUUUAUUUGCGAAAGCUCACUAGGAUUACUUAAAACUCAGUUGCUUACAUCAAAAUUACACAAGAAAAGAAUUAGGAUACGUGUAGACACCAGUGGAAUUAGUGUUAUUGGUUCACGAAAUUCGACAUUACAUCAUGUGCAUAAAUUUGAAAAUAUUACAUUUAUUUGGACUGACCCCUGUGAUUUACAAUCAUGUGGAAUUAUAGUUAAACAACCAUUAAUUGGGGAUAAUGUUCAUCAGUUUUAUGGUUAUAAACUUUAUCAAAAUACUCCGAAAUUGAUUGGUGUGUUAAAGCACAUCUAUUCAAAUCUUGAGUUACUACCGCCUAAUGAAGACAUAUUGAGUAAAUCAGAACAUUCUACGGAUACCAGGAUUUUCGACACUACUGAGGAGAAUAAUCCUGAUUUGAUUCAGCUAAUAGAUAUUAGUGACAACACUGUCUCACCAUACCAAAAAAACGCUGACAAUGAAAAUAUCCAAAAACAAUAUACAAGUAAUGGACACAACGUUCCGUACAAUAAAGAUGGUGAAAAAAACUGGAUAACUUUCGAUGAUCAUUUUGAAAACCAAGGGAUUAGCUGGGAAAACUCUACACCUAAAAAUCUAAUGUCUCAAAAUCUUCAUAAUCAACCAUUUGGUAACAAUGAUCUACAUUUCUUCUCACAAAUCAAUAUGAAUAAUCAAAUGUCCAAACAUAAUUCUAGUCCAUUUAUGGAAAUGACUAAAUGUACAACACAAAACACUCCAUAUUUAAAGUCAUAUUCAACAACAGCUAAUAUUUGGUCAAAUAUACCACCUGCUAUUCAAACCACUAAAAUAUCCCCAAUGGAUGAUCAUUUUUGUAGCUGGACAACAACACAGCAUAUCCAAACUAAGCCAAAUAAUGUGUAUACGAAUAAUAAAAAUGUUACCAAUAAUCCAUUUUAUAAUUUACCAGUUGGUGACACUCAUUUGAAUGUAAAACAAACUUCUCCACUUGAUACAAUAUUUGAUAUAAAAUUAUUUAACUGAAAACACAACCUUUACUAAUUUCUCAUCAUUAUAUAUUCUUUUUGUUGUUUAUCCAUCUGACAGUAAAAAAUGACAAUCACAUUUUGCAACUCCUCAUUUUGAUUGAUUUUUUUUCGACGUAAUGCGUCUUGGUCAACGGUUUUUCUUCAUUGUGAUUUUUCUUUUUUGAAGAAACACUUUACAAUUGGACACGAGGUUAUAUUUUCUAAUGUGUAUCGUUGAAAACCCAAAUGUAUUUACUGAAUCUUUGACUGAUAACUUUGUCAGACUGAAAAUAAACUUAUCUUUCAUAUC